AUGGCGGCCAUGCGAGGACCGCGCAUUCCAACCGGCUCAGCUGCUUGGGUCGCUGAUGAGCGCGCUUCUGCCCUUCAGAUAGUCGAUGUUGAGGUAGACGAGUUCACAUACGCGGCUCACAAUGAGUUCUCAUGGCUCAAUGAGCACAUGGCCAAUAUCUUCAAUGAGAACGAAACAAAUAUCGCCGAAACCUUCAAAACACCUGGAAGACUUCGUGGCAAGACACCUCGAACAGCACGAAAAUUGAUCACAGAGCCAAGAGUACCCCUGUCCAAUGUAUUUGGGGGCACACCAUCGAGCUCAGCAAACCGAUUCGCGCAGCAUCUUCUUCUUCAAUCUCCCCAAAGAGAGCUUGUGAACCAGGCAAAGUCUUCUUCGCCUAGACGAGACGCCCCAUCGCCAAGGACAGCGCCUCCUACCUCGGACGGACCAGUCGAAGACGCGCCAGAACAGCCUUCAGAUGACGCCCAAGCCAUUCACUCGGACCAGGACGCCCACAUGACACUUGAAGAAGCAUCGGAACCAGUCCCAACAGCCAAAUCUCAACCGGCAACGCAAGGCGAUUCUGGCUAUUUCGGAAGUCAAGAUGUCAACCCUCCCAGUUUUGAUCCUCUGGAGGACGAAGAUACCUCGAAUAUUGACCUUGUGGCCUUGGAUGAAGCCAUUGCUUUCCCUCAGCCUAGCCUCUCGCGGACGUCUCUUGCCAAGGACCCUAUCAAGACUUCUUCGCCGAUCAAGACACAACAAGCGAUAACUGACGUUGAGAUGGAAGAGGCUCAGGCCGAGCCCCAGGAGGACGAGAACGCUAUUCAGGAUGAUGCACAGUCUCAAUCUGAUCGCCACAGUCCUAGUCCCGUCCGCCCAGGCUUCCGCAACAGCUUGCAGUUCCCUUCUCUCCCUGCUCGUGAGCCUCUCACAGCAGGUAAGAGUAUUGGUGCCAGAGCUUCUCGAACAAGUCAUGUCGAUCCUAAGAGGACGAGUUACUUAGGGAGAAACACGAGAGGGAAAAGCCUGGCUAGUCACGCAGAACAGAGUGCCUCAGACGAGUCGGAUCAGGACGAGAUGGACGUUGAUGAUUUCCCCACAGUGCCACAGCAGCCUAAGAACGCUGAGGAGCUCGCUAUCCACCACAACAAGACGUACACGCAGAUGCUACAGGACCGAAUUAGUGUACUCGGUAAAUCGCAGCCAAAUGGAAGUCGACCCUCGAAGUCAAUUCACAGCGUUACCAACUCUCAGCAGCCACAAACUGUAUCUCAAGGAGUACCUGAACCUAAAUCAUCAUCGCCCAAGAAGCUGGAGACCACAACAACUCCAGGUGCUUUCCCCGAAGACGAUGACGACUGGAUUGUCCCUCCCACUACACAGCAGCCUGUCACUGCACCUACACCCACAAGACCGUCACUUUCUAAGAGCCGAACUGCCGAUAUUAUGGAAGGAAUCCAUGGCAAGCAGACUCUUGGAUCCUUUGACCUGGAUGAAGCCCGCGACAGUAUCCGAUCACCAGCUCGUGCCAACAAGCCUCAGCGACCGGCAUACCUUGGACACUCCAAGUCUGUAUCGGUACCUGCUGUUCCACUUAUCCCAGCUUCGGAUCCAGAGGAGGGAAGCCCAUUGAAGAAGACGAUAUCAUCCACGAAUGCUUCUGUAAGACCAGCCACUGCUGUUGCACCUUCUUCCUCCUCACCCUCCAAGUCUCCUACGAGGCUCUUCCGUGACAGUCCUCUGAAGCAUCUAAAGAACAAGAUGUCAUCCAUUCUCAGCACUUCCAAGGGUUUGAUCGCCAGCAGUGCAGCUCUGAGCGCCGAAGGAAAAUCAUCCCUGCUCUCGCCAUCUCGAGCUCACCUAGGAACAUUCCCUGACCCUUCUUUGGAUUCAAUCGUCCCCAAGACAAGCAUCGAUUCCCAUCGAAGUGGCGACACUGCUACCGAUCAGCAGUCAACUGCACCUCGACCGGUUGCUAGACGCACAAGAGCUUCAGUGGAACGUGAGAAGGAGGAGAAGCGAAGGGAGAAAGAGGCUAGAGUCCAAGCCGAGCAGAUGGAGAAAUUGGAGAAGGAGCGCGAAAAGGAAAGGGAAAAGGCCAGAGUUUUCAGCAAAGAGCAGGAGAAGCUCGCCAAUAUGGAAAAGCAGGUCGCUACCAGGAAAGAGGUUGAAACACCUGCUCCCAAGGCUACACCUAAGCCAACCCGGACCAGCCCGCGAAGGGCAAAGCCUCAGGAGGAAACGGAGGCCAAGGCCGCUGACCAGGAGUUUGAUAUGGGCGAUGCACCUGCUUUGCUACCCCCUCCUUCUGCUCACAGAUCUGCUGUUCCGGGACAACUGUCUCGGCCCAAGGAGAUGAGGCGAAUUGCGAAGCCAGGCCGAGAGCCAGCUACAAAGACAAAGGCGGCACCUACUGUUCACAUCAAGGUCAACACUGGCUCACAAUUACAUCCUGGCAACUCUGUGGCUAGUGGGUAUCAGGACUUCGGUGCUUCAACAAGCUCUCAACCUCCUCAAACAAUCAGCAAGGCAAGCAAGGCCUCUACACAGCCCAAGCAAUCCGCACCAAACUUUGGUGCUUCUACCGGAUCAAAUGGGCGGCCUAGAGCUCUCGAUUUGGCUGCACAGAAGAAGGCCAAGAUUGAGCGCGAUCGCGCAGCUUUGAAAGACGACAAGAAGAAGCAAGAAGCCAUCCGUCGCCAAGAGGAAGAACGACAAAAGCGUGAGAAGAAUGCUCAGCGCCAAGCAGCUCAAGACCGACUGGCAAUCAUUGAGAAAGCCAAGAAGACGCCUGCGCCACCCCCAGCUGUUCGGUCACAGCCAAAUGGCCCACCUCAGUACAGUCUACAACAGGACAAGCCUGCCUUGGUACAGCGGGAGGGGCCACCUCGUCCUCCUUCUCGUAUGAACUCUGGCAUCUUCAGAUCACAAGAUGACAUGGGACGGCCAGUCAAUGCUAACUUGACAAAUGGUUCUAAAUCUGGCCCGAAGAGGCCUCUUCGAGAUGCUAAUGAGGAUGGGCCUUCAAGACCACCACCUGCACGCGGGCCCCAGUACCAGGCAAAGGAUGCCAAGCGCCGUCGAACGAGCGAUGACUACGCUGAUGAGCUUGAUAUGGAGCAGCCUCCUAAUAUCAAGGGACCUCCAGUCCGUCCAUCCAGCGCUCUUAAGAGGGUGAGCAAUCAAAGCGUUUCUUGUAUUCCAACAAAGGUUAAUAAGUACCAGGAUCUGCAGACGAAGACUCUUACGAGUGGCUAUGUUUCACAGGCUAGUGCACAGAACCUGUUCAAGACUGGCGUUCCUCAAAGUCAAAUGAAAGGAGGCAACCCUAUGGACAUGGCUCAGAUUCACAAAGGAACUAUUCCUUUCGCCCCGAACCCCAACCCCGCGGGACCUUCUUACAAGACACCUGGACGUCCUGGUCCUGUCAAUGGAAUGAAGUCUGCAGCCAAGUCUAUACCAAGAUCAUCACCGCGAUUCCAGAAUGGCGAGGCCAUUGAGCUUCCUGAGAUCCAGACAGACGAUGAAGAUGAGGACGACGAUGAACCUCAAGCGGGCACGGUCGCAGCAUGGGCUAACUCCCCAUACAUUCGGGAUGCCCUCUUUAGACAGGAAGAUAUCGACCCUGCGUCAAUUUUCGGACCUCCUGCGCCCUUGAACAUGGAGGAGGUCUUUGACAAGAGCAAAGACAGACACCACAAGUUCCGCGCCCGAACAUCCAGUGCCAACUGGAGCGGCACAGAUCGUCUUACUGAAGAGGACAUCCGAAAGAACCUGGCUGCCAGAGACAAGCUCAGACGUGAGGGAGGCUGGUCUUACGAACUGAGCAAAGACAUGAUGUAA